UGCCCAGCAAAAGGCGAAAAAACUUCUUGCACAUGCAUAUAUUUUGCAACACAGCAAACACCAACACAAAGAAACAAAGCGCAGCGUCAAAUUAAGCCCAAAGUUACACGCAUGGAUUUAGUUUCAAACCAAUCCUUUAACCAGAAGAAACCAAUGUGUUUCCUCUGACUGGAAGUAACUUCAAAAUGUACAUGGCCCAGGCAGAGUCCUGACUUGAAUCUGAUGCAGGGAGCUAAAAAUUAGGGUGAUGGCAAGGAGGCCUCCCAACUUCAGAAACUCUCCUGAAUUACAGCACAUCUUUACAGUGGUGUUGUAGGACAUUGGUUGUGUAUUCUGACUCUGAGGUGACCACCUUGGGUUUGACGUCAUUACUGGAUUACUCUUUGAUUAUUCCUUCCCCCGCGGCUCUAUUUGCCCCUGACGCUGCAGUUAGAACUGGGUCAGCUCAGCAUUAGGCGGUGAUGAAGGCUGCACUCUAGAAUGCUGGUUCAGUAAUUAGGUUGUCUGUGUCUGCCUGGAGUGUAGAGUCAGAACGUCUCUAUCAGUCUGCAGAGCCUAAGGAUAAAAAAAAAAGCUCUCUGAACCAAUAAUAUGGCAGAGGCCCUGGAAGUCAGCGCCACUGAGGACAGCCUGCCUGUGGAGUGGAAACCUUCCAGCCGACGCAGUAGGAAGUCCGGGUAUUCCAACAUCUUCUCAGGGGUGAACCUUCAUCAGCUCCACAGGCUGUUCAGAACAGCCGGGGACAGAAAUGCGGAGCACCGGGCAAAGCUGGUGUGGCAGGACAUGGAUGCAAAUCUGGAAGGAGCAGAGGAAGGACAGCAGAAUGAAGAAGAGCAGGGGGAAGUUGAAGUGGGCCUGGCUCAGGCAUUGGUGGGCCUGAGAGUUCGAGCCAGGAAUAAGAGUGGAAUAAGGGUCGACGGACACAGUGAUCACAAGUGGCUCAGAACAUCAGGGUAUCUCAGGGUUGAGGAGCCAUUUGCCGUCUACUCUGUAAAAGAUGAGGAUGAUCAGACAGAAAGUCUGGAGAAAUUUAAAUUGGCAGCUGAGGAAGACACUACAGGGAAUCAAAAUCCUUUCAAGCCAUCAUCAUGGAGGUUGGGCAUUAGGAUGGAGAGUGCCAGAGACUCUGAACGCUACCUUCACCGCAUCCUCCACUGAACACAAUGCCCACUUGUGGAAGAAAGAAGGACAGUUAUAAAUUAAAUCACUGGUUCAUUGAAGGAUACGAAUUACAUCGUUUCCAUCGCUCUAAGUUGUAGGAGUCUGGACAUUCAUGUGUUUUGGGCGGAUUUCUACCUUGAAAAACACUUAAUGUAUUACUGUGGGAAUACCUCUUCUGUGUUGGAAUAUCUGCUAAAAACUGUAAAUAGAUGCAUCAUCUUAUUGAACUACAUGUGUCUGAUAGAGGUGGUUGUGUGGAAUAGUAAUCCAUCAUAAUGUAUGGCUGUACAUGGAAUUUCUUUAAGAUGGAUGCAGUGUAUGGUGACGGUUUUUAACAUUUGAGCUUCUAAAGAUGUAAAAGUAGAGGUCAUUUUAACUGGGGUGGGUUUAAUUUAUAGUUAAAAUUUCAAUCAAUAUUAAUUUCUGAUUUUACAUGAACAGAUGACAAAUGUUUUUAUUUAAGAUGUUCCACCUCUGAUCAUUAAAAUAGCUUCAGUUUUGGCAAAUGAGCAGAUUGUUUUAGGAUCAUAAAAUGUAGUAAAAACAAUAAUAUAUAUAUAACUCUCCUUGGAAAAAAUUUACAGAGGAGAGUUGUUGAAUUAGUAGAUUUCCCCUUCUUUUAGAGCCAUAGAGUGAAUGCAAACAUUGUCUAGGUUGCUAUGUUGCCUUUUUUACACAAUCGCAGCAUUAAUACGUAGCUCUGAAUUUUAUUAUCUGGUAAAUGUAAUAUCUUGCUGGACAUGCAUCUUGUGGACAUGUCUGUGAAUGUGUAAUUAUUAAAACACACACAAGAAAAAGACAUUUAGCUAAAGAGAAAAGCAGUUACUUGAAAAAUAAAGCAUCAAAAAGAAAAAUAUUUACUGCAGCUUCCAAUAUUUUACUGGAUGCACAAACAAUUAGCUUUACAGCAACACAGCAAGGAAUAAGGUUCUUACACACGCUGUCAGGGUUUGCAGCAUGGUUAGGACAAUGCGUUCUUGCACUUAAAAAAGCAAACCUUCAUCGGUUAAAUCUAUUGAUGCAAAACAAAAUGAACAUUUUGCAGUGUUUAUGCAGGAAAGUCAUCCUAAUAUUUAUUGGACAAACAGAAAACUGCCAUAGUUGUGUGGUGACUUUUAAACUGGCAUGUUUUUUUCUAGUAGUGUAUUGUAUUGUUGGCAUUUCAUUAAAAACAGCUGCUUGAUCAGAUGCAAACCUGUUCAGAAUUGAGUGAGUAAACCAAAUAGCAUAUAAUCAGUCAUAAGGUGGGGCUGUUUUCAAGUUUAAUCAAGUAAUUUCAUGCAUUAAAGGAAUACUUCAGGA